AUGCCCAACAAUAAGACGGAGGAGAAUUUGUUGGAUUUUGAUGAUGAUAUGCUCACACCAGUCUCAACUCAUCAUCAUCAACCACAAGCCUUCCACCAACCAACAGCAUCAUCGGAUAUGGGAACACCACAAUUACAACAACCACAUUUAGCAUCAGUAAGAGGUGAAUCAUUUAGUGUUUCAACACCAACUAGUAUUCCUGAAAAUACAAAUUUUGUUCAAUUGAAAAAGUUUGUAGAAUUGACGAGUGGUAACCAACAACAUCUUUUAGAAAAUGAUAAUACUAAAAUUAUUUCUCCCCUGAUCCAUACUAAACUCUUACAAAGAAAAGUCUUGGAUUUUCUCAAGGAAUUGGAUCUCUACAUGUCAGAAUCACAAGAUAUUAAAAAGUUGAAUGCUUCAAAGAUUUCUAAAGUUCUUGAUGAAGUGUCACUGUAUUUUGCUACAGAGAAUAUGGUUGAUGAAAAACUUCCAUAUCACGUCUCCGUUUCAUUGGCUAUUGAUGGUGAUCGUAUUUCAUCAACAAUGUCCACUUUAUUGAACAGACUUAUUAGUUUGAUUGGAUCGGAAGAUAAAAGAAUAAUUGCUCUAGUACAUUACAUGCUCUCGGAAAUUAAUUUACCAAGAGAGGUUAGAGAAAAAGUACUUGCUGCUUUGAAAUCAGAAUUUAAAUCUACUGAAAAUAGUUGUACAAGAGCUUACUGCAUUCGUUCAAUUGAUAGAAUUUGUAGAAGUUCAUAUCCAAGUAGAAAAGAUGCUGCUGGUCAUGUGAAAGAUCUCUUUGAAAUGGUUCAAAAGGUUAUCAAGGAUUUGGGAAAGGAAAAUAGUUUUUCAAGUAAGAAGGGUUUUAUUUCAAAGCUCUUCAAAGAUACUGACAAGGAAGAAAAGAUUUACUUACUGAGAACAUGUCUUCAAAUUGUGAAAAACAAUAUUAAUGAUCCUGUGUUAACAAAGGGUAUUUUGGAGAAUAUCAUCAUGUCCUCUAGAAACAAAUCAGCUGAUUGUGCAAGAGAUGCUCUGACAGUAAUUUCUGGUUUAAUUCCAAUUAAUCCAGUUUCCACUUUAUUUGCCUUCAGUUCAUCUAUUCCACAUUUUGAAGCCAACAAUGACAAGAAGAAGGCUUCAGCUGCCAAGAAUAUUAUUUAUUCCAAAUUGAAAGAACUCAAACAAGACAAGAAAACAGAAGUAUUACCAACCAUGAAUGCUGAAGAUUCCUUCUCAAGAUUUUACCUUGCUAGAACUUGUGCCAGCGUUAUCAAACCUAUGGUAUUUAGUUCUGAAGAAUCAGAAACUGAAGAAGCUGCCUAUGAACAGAAAUACGUAGAUACUUUGAAACACUUGCUGCAUGAUGAAGAUCUGAUGAUAUUCUUUGAGACAGUCAAACAGGUUGCUAUGAGGAAUUUCAAAUUCUUUUUAGAAAAGGACAUCCACCAAGAAAAAUCUCUCACAUUAGACUUUGUUGUAACAAGAAUCUGUACUAGUUUGAACAAGGCAAAACCUCAAAUUCAAAUUCAUGCUGCAUGUAGAGCCACCUAUUAUCUCAUGAGAUGCUUUGAAAGGUUUAGAGCAAUUAUGGAUGCUGAUCCAUAUUCUUCAUUCUCACAAAAUACUCCUGAGAUGAAGCAAGCCAAUGCUAUUUUCCAAAAAUUAUACAAAAAGAUUGAUGCUGUUUUAAUUCAUGAUUGUUCAUUCGUGAAGUUCCAAGCAUUCAAGGCAUGUAUUUGGAGGUUGGACAAGGUUUCACAAGUUGUUAGAAGAUUGAAAAUGGAAAUUAAGAGUAAUGUAAAUUGGAUGCCUUUCCAUAUUCAUGAAUUGUUGAUGACCUUGUUAGAAUUCUCAAAGAACAGACCAGCUGUUUUUGAUGAAUUUGCCAACCUUUGUUCCUACAUUUGUAUAUAUUUAUCUGAAAGAGUAGAUGUUGAUUUAUUAAUUGCUCUUUUCAAACAAUUAAUUCCAACCAAGACCAAGGAUGAGCGACAAAUCGAGUUGACUACUAGAUUUUUAAAUAUGGUAUUCAGUAUUUUAGAUGAAUGUUUAACAGGAUCAAAGGAAUCUUCAGAGCUUGCAUUUGCCAUCUUGACAUUCCUUGGUGAAUAUGCCAACAAGAUUUGUGACGAACCAUCUGUCAAUGAAAAAGAAAGUACAGAAGAUUCUGGAACUGUAAACCUCUCUGAACCAAAACUUAUUUAUCAACAACCAGAUGUAUUUGAUAUUCAUAAUGCUGCUAUGAAAUCAAUAAUUUUGAAACUUAUUCAAAAUACCAUGUACAAUACGCCACAAACUUUUCGUUUACGAGUUCCUUUCAUACAUGUCACAACACGAGUAUUUUGGAGUUUCAGCUAA